ACCCAUGCAAGGCUUCAAUAGCUCCAUGAUCAUAACAUACAAUCUCAUUAUAACGAGACUCAAGUUUACGUAUAUGUGGGACAAGAUAUCAUCGUCUCCAUAUCAUGUUAUAAGAUAAGAGAAUAAAACAGGUGGUGGUCUUCAUAAGAAAAAGGCAACCUGCAGCUGGGACAUCCAGAUCUCGAUUCCCUGGAACGGCCACCAUAUUCACAAGCUGAGUCAUUCCUGAACGAAUAGACCAUGUCCACGGAAAGGGAGAAGGGCGGUCAGCAAUGUGACACUACGGACAAACACAAGCUAGAUUGUUAUAAGGAGGCAUUCGCACUGUUCGACAAGGAUGGCAAUGGUCACAUCUGUUCAAAAGAGCUUGGCGAGAUGAUGAGGUGUAUUGGCAAGAACCCCACAGAGAGGGAGGUGAAGGAUUUGAUCAGAGAGGCGGACGCAGACGGUAAUGGCACAAUCGACUUCAACGAGUUUGUGGCCAUGGUUGAGGAGCACUGGCAACUAUUGGACUCAGAGGAAGAAAUAAUUGCGUGUUUUAAAUACUUCGAUCGCAAUGGUAAUGGUUACAUCACGGCGUCUGAGCUGAAGACAGUCAUGACCAGUGUUGGAGAACGCUUGACGCAGGCGGAGGCUGAUGAGAUGAUACGGGAGGCUGAUUUAGAUAUGGAUGGGCAAGUCAACUAUUUCGAAUUUGCCAUCACUCUAAUGGAUAAAACGAAGUGAGUUUUUCAAGUGAAGGAGAGCGAUAGAGACCCUCAGUCUUUCUUGAAGUUGUCCUUAGAUUGUCAUAUAGAAAACAUCCAAGAUGCAAACAGGACAUGCUUCGGGAAUGCUUAGGACAGAAUGACUUUUCAAAAUAUAAUAUUGAGAGAAACGCAUGGACUUGGAUUUGGCUUCAUAGGAAAUUGUCUUGCAUAGAAUAGAUAACUCAUUUCAUUGUGACGGCGACAUAAUAUGGGCGGGCGGGCGCCCCAUAGAUUGGAGCAAGGUUCGCGGAGUGAGACACUGCUUCUGGAUGCUGGCGCGAAACUGUCUACAGUACCUGUUAGGUUUGUGUGUAAAUAAAGCCCGUUGUCCGAUUCAAGACUUCCCCUUAUGAAUACCCACAGCAGGAGAGCGUGGCGGAAUAUGCCAAUUUCACACUGGCGCCCAACGUGGGGCCAAAAAACUGAAUGCUAGUUCAGAAAAAGGGGAUUUUGUGAUCGAAUUUUCGGGAGGCGUUUUGAUACACAUGUAAAAACACACU